AACUGAGAAGCAGGACAGCCGAGAUGUUCCCGCUGCCCAUGUUCACACCGGAUCAGGUCGCGCGGGUGUGCGAGAACCUGGAGGAAACCGGCGACAUCGAGCGCCUCGGCAGGUUCCUCUGGUCCCUGCCGGCCGCCGUCCCCGGUUCCGCCGGAGAAGCGCUGAACCGACACGAGUCCGUGAUGCGAGCCCGGGCGCUGGUCGCCUUUCACGGGGGGAACUUUGAGGCUCUCUACCAGAUCCUGCAGAGCUACAGGUUUACGCGCGAGUCGCACGCCAAGCUGCAGGACCUGUGGCUGGACGCGCACUACCGGGAGGCGGAGAGGCUGCGGGGGAGGCCGCUGGGACCGGUGGAGAAGUACCGGAUCCGCAAGAAGUUCCCCCUACCCCGUACUAUCUGGGACGGCGAGCAGAAGACGCACUGCUUUAAGGUAAAAACGCGUUUUUAUAAGUGUUUAAGUGCGGACACGCGUUUGAAGUCAGUUAUUUUAUAAGACAGGGGUUUUUAAUCUGGACUCUGGGCCAUCAGCAGCUCUUAAAGUGCUCUUUAACCUGCUGCUGCUGCUCUUUGAGCUCUUAAGGUGAUCAUAUUCAGAGCCGGUUAUCCUCCUACCUAAUGCUUGAAACUCUACUGAACCGCUUAAAGCACAGAGGACUGAUGAAACAGGCGAAAACUUUACACAAGUGACAAGGGUAUUCCUGCUUUUAACACCGAGAGAGAAGGUGACAAGUGCUUUUAACAUCUUAGUGGAGCUGAAACUUGAAUUUUCUCUGAUAUUUGACACUUAUUAAUUCCAUUUCAAUGAAUCCCAGUAUUCCUCUUUUUCAAAACUGUCACUUAAAUAUUAUUUUUCUCCUUUGAACACCUCGGUGUUUGUGCUAUAACCUUACAGAAUCUCUAUAAUCUUGAUUUAGGUUACACCCAAUCUUGAAAAAAGCAAAGACAUUGCUAUAAAUGUCUUCUAGCUCUUUAAAUAAGCUGCUUUUAUUUGCGUUUUAAUCAUCUAAAAACCUCAAUUUGUUACAAUCUUUAGCAUUAAGAUAGGAAAAUAUUCUACACAUCCUGACUCAAACAGGCGAUUAAAUUAAAAAGAAAGAGAUAAAAUCACUAAGAAGUGGCAUUUUACAAGAUUACACAUCAGUAAAUGAAUUGGCUGUGCAAAUGUGUGUGAUCUCCAUCUUGUGGCAGGGUGAGGUAGCGUUUCAUUGUAUUCUCCAGCAGCUUAUUAAGCCCCUUAACCUGAUCCCAUUUAGUGGAUCUAUAUUGCGGUGUAUUCCUUCGAUGCACAUUGUGAUUAUCUAUUUUGAAAUCCAGUCUGAUAAGAUUAUAGGGAGCAUUAUAUGAGAGUGGCAAGAUUAUUGUGGUUUAAUAGGAUGAUAUCAAAACACCAUAUGGUGAUAGGCCUCAGGAGGAUAGAAGAAUAUCUGUAAACUUAAAGCUCCAGUGUGGGGUUUUAGAAGAGCUGGAAAAGCAGAUAAAAAGAGUGAAUAUUUCUGUGUCACUAUUUUUGAGACGGAUACAAGGAGCGCCAAAAUAAAAACAAACUAAAGUGUAUAACCGAAUGUUUCUCUGAUGUGUCCUCCAGGAAAGAACUCGCAGUUUGUUGAGAGAGUGGUACCUCCAAGAUCCAUACCCCAACCCGUCCAGGAAACGCCACCUCGCCCAGGCCACGGGACUCACGCCCACACAGGUCGGCAACUGGUUCAAGAACCGAAGGCAGAGAGACCGCGCCGCAUCUGCAAAGAACAGGUAACCCAAAAAUGGGAAAAUAUAUACAUAAAUCUGUCACAUAACAUCCCGUAAAAAGAAGACUAAAUGUAGGUCUUAUGUGUCUCUUUCCAGACUGCAGCAAGACCCAUCCCUCCUCCCCUCUGAGAGCUCACCGGACGGCUCCCACCAAGAGCGCCGCCACCACCACCCCCACAUGUUGCCUCCCUCCCCUCGUCACCUGGGCAGCCCCGAGGCGAGCGACUGCAGCACGGAGAACGAGCGCAGAGGAACGGGAGCGUCCACCCCGGAUAUCUCCGUCAGCAGCGACAGCGAGUUUGAAUCUUGAGACCGAGACUCUCAAAAAAAACACGCCGGACUUUUGUUAAAAGACACUUGAGCUCACUUGAGCCGAGUGUGGCUGCGGACGCACUGGAGGUGUUCUCAGUGGGAGGACGAUGAAGAUGAGGCCACUUGAGAAGAUGUUUUAUAAGGGAAUAAUAUACAAAAAAAAACAACAUGCACUUACAAAAAGCACCAUGGCACAUCACGCUGACGGUAAUACGAGGUAGUUUAAAGCUGAUCACGACUCAGGACGGCUGGUAGACAAACAUAGAGUGGAUACUUUUACUCCAAAACAACCCUCUCACACUGUUUUUAUAGACAAAAGCCCAUGGUCUUUAGAGGACGACUAGCUUAAUAUUAAUUCGUGAGCUGGUUCCAGUCAAUAUUUUCGGAUAGAUCGUGCUCCAGAGGUUAUCUGCUAAACUACACUAUGCAUUUGUAUGGAAACUGUGAAGACACAAUGAAAAAUGCCUUGAGUAGGCUGUUUAAGUACAGAACUACAUUUACAUGCACAAUAAUUACUUGUUUAUCUCAGAUUAGAGCAGUCUGAAGAGUCCAGUUCAAUAUGUAAUUGGCCUAAGAAUUGAUAACCAGCAUUAGUAUGUUUGUGACUUUAUUGGUGUCAAUGUAUGAUAUGAACUUUAAGUAUGCCCGUGCUUCCUGUUGUUAUUACCUUAAUCUUGUCACUCAGAGAACUCAGGUUGUAAUGUGCAUGUAAACAUAGUGACUGAAUUCAACUCAAUUCACUGCCUUAAAAAGGAACUAAAGGCAUUAUCAUCUUUUGUAUACUUAAUAAUCAUAGCUUUACUUUAGACAUACUUAACCUCACGUAGCUAAUGACACAGACUUGCUGCUAUAGCAUACAGUAUUCUGUUCCCACCUGUGUUUUUACCUGUUCACUCCUUUUUCCGGUCACUGUUUUGACAUCCGUUGAGCUUGUCGUUGCACGCUCCUAAGCUGCUCUGUAGAUCCCGCAGGAGCUGGAACAGAAACGAUGGAACAGCGAGAAUAUAAAGCACUGCACGGUCUAAAAGCUCAAUGUGCCUAUUACAUUGGAGAGUUGUAAGACCUGGUUGGAUGUGAUUGCGUCCCUCUCAAUUCAAGG